AUGUCCGGAUUCGUGAUGCGCGACGCUCACCGUGAUCCAGACGCCGUCUCUCGCACCACGAGUGUCUCGAGACGCAGCACGCUUUCCCGCUCGCAGACACUCAUCAAGAAGAACAUCGCUCCACAUGACCUCCGACCUUCGGAUGUCAUUAUAGAACGCUUUGUCGCCUGGAAGAGUAUCGUCAAACAACUCAUCGCUUACUUUGAGGGCAUUGCAGACAUUGAGAACAACACUGCUAGAGAGCUCAUCAAGCUUGGAGGUGUCAUACAAGUGCCAUUCAGAGCGGGGAAUCAGUUCUUGGGCCAAGGUGGCCUUCAGGACAUUUUCUACAACAUCCGGGACAAGACACGGACCAUUGCAGAUGCCCAUGCAAACCUUGGACGAACCAUCGACUCGUCUAUAGUCCAGCACCUACAGAAGCUUCGUUCAGAAAUCAAGGGUCAUAUCCGCAACGUCGAGAGAGACACGGGUCGUUUGGCGACUUCGGUUGCAAGAGAACGUGAAAAUAGCACAAAACAGAUUGCCGAACUCGCCCGAGCAAUUGCCCUCUUCAAGAAUACGCCAAUGGCGGUCACCGCAAAGGAUGACCCCUAUGUACAGAACAUUCUCGUCGCAAAACAACUCCAAAAGCAAGUGCUCGAGGAGAAUGCACUGCAGAAGAGCAUCAUUAUUAUGCAACAGUCAUCAGCCCACUUUGAGGAAGGCAUCGUCCGCAGCAUUCAGUCCACCUGGCAGACGUUUGACGAGUGGCAGUCGAGGAUGUCAGACACAGUCCAACAGACGUGGCGUGCGUUGGGCGAGUCCAUGGCUUCUCUCGCACCGGACAGGGAAUGGAUCGAAUUUGCCGCCAGAACCGAUCAUUUACUCGAUCCGGAGACGCCGUUGAGGAAUCCAGAGACAAUCGAAUACCCGUUCAAGAAUGAUGCCAGCGUUGUGGCCGUGCAUGUUGGGCUCUUGGAGCGAAAGAAGAAAUGGAGUCGUAGCUGGAGUGAAGGGUAUUACGUCCUUACACCAUCUGGAUGGCUCCACGAGUACGCCAAUUCGGAUCCCAACGGGCGCACUAGCCCCAUCUUUUCGUUAUUCCUCCCUCUUUGCACGCUCGGUCCACCUUCGACGCAACGAUCCCGUUCGCAUAAAUUCCAACUCGAAGGCAAGAGCGAUGCACAGGGCUCGCGACGAAACAGUAUCUUGCCGGGCAAGCUUGGCGGCGGAAGUCAUGCAUACAGUUUCCGUGCGCGAAGCCACGAGGAGAUGAUGGAAUGGUGGCAUGACUGUCGUAUGCUUGUCGCUCGGUAUCUUAUUGCCAGCGAGUCGAUGGACCGUAGUGGACCUGUCGAGGCUGCUGUGCGUGCCGCUGGCUAUACGAGCGAGGAUCAAGCGUCUGUAUCGGAAGAGGGAAGUUCGAUCGAGGAGGAAACGCAUAGCGAGCAUCGAGGUCGUGAAGGCAAUGGGACUACCUUUGUCAGUCGUCGAUAUAGCCUGCAUGACGAGGCAGUUCCGGCUUAUAGCCAGAAUGGAUACCAGUACCAAUCCACUGGUGUACGAAAGGGACUUGGCCCCGAGAUGGGUCCAAACGGCUAUGUGCUUGAAAAGAAGAGAUAUGAUCCUCCGGGUGCCUAUGUUGAAGAUGCAGAAGGCGGUAUCGGACAGGAUACUCCAAUUAGCAACGGGAAUGCAGAGGUAACCCGCCGACCAUCGAAACGACAGAUGGAAAAGGCACCAGAGGGUAGACAACCGAGGAUGCCUCCCGAUGAGGUUGUAGGAGCACGAGCGUCGUCUCCUCCUAUCAUCUCCGCCCGUCCGGCCAGUACAGAUCACGCCGAGUAG